CAUCACACUCUCACUUUGGGGGCUUGCAUUUAGAUCACUGAAUGGACCAUGCAUAUCAUAUAACGGGGAAUCAAAGACAUGUGCCAUCCUGUGAAAAACCUCAUCUGUCUAACAGUCUGACACAUUUCAGUUCUCUUUUGGCCCUGAGAGGCUCCAGAAGAUGCAGAACAUCCUUAACGGGUGUUGUGAGGCAGCGCUUACAUGGUUUCUCCCGGCGUCUGUAGAUAUGCAGAAAGGCUAAGAGAGACUGACACAAUUUCCAGGAGUUGUUCAUACGGCUGAGCAAAAGCUCAGAGUGCCCUGUUCACUCCAGUGAAUAUGGGUAUCCUUUGGCAAAUGCAAAGUUUGGAUAAGCACAGCUUCCUGCCAGCAGCAGAGAUUAAAGUUGUGUGUUUAGAAGUGGAUGGCAGGGACUGGCUGGGUGGAAGUUUUCCCCACAGGCAGAGAAUGUGGCAGCUAAGGUCAGGGGCCCGCCACAUCACAGCCCUAAAAAUAUCCUCUGCAUUUGAUGCCCGUCACAGAGCGGUUAUACAAUCUGUGCCCUGACUUGAGCCUGCCAGAAUUAAACCUUACCAUGUUCUGCCUUUAAGGACUGCUUCACAACAAGCCGCCACAAUGAUGAAAACAAAGUGUUCGAGUAGGAAAACCAAGGACUCCGAUCUCUCGCUAAUAAAUCAUGUGUGAAAGGAAGCCACAGUGAGAAAAUGGCUUCUCACAAGUCAAAGACUGGCACCAAGAUAAAUGUUACAAAGGCAGCGGAGGAAUCCAGUCCAGUAGAUGAAUAUGUCACACCUGGGGGCUAUGAGCUGGAGAAAAUCCUCAACCGUGGGAGUGUGGCUUACACUCAUGUCAACGAGGUCUGGCCUAAUGUCUACAUUGGGGACGAGGAGACUGCAAAGGACAAGCACAAUCUGAAGAGGCUGGGGAUUACGCACAUCCUGAAUGCAGCAGAGGGGACGUGGAAUAAUGUGGACACCGGAGCUGGGUACUACAGCGACAUGGACAUCGUCUACUAUGGCGUGGUAGCAGAAGACGUCGCGACCUUUGACCUCAGCCAGUAUUUCUUCUCCGCUGCCCAGUUUAUAAAAGAAACACUGAGCAACCCUCAGAAUAAACUGCUGGUGCACUGUGUGAUGGGAAGGAGCCGAUCCGCCACACUCUUCCUCGCGUACCUCAUGAUCUGUGAGAACAUGACGGUGGUGGACGCCAUCGAUCACGUGAAAAAGCGCAGGCGGAUCAUCCCAAACUGGGGCUUCCUGAAACAGUUGAGAGAGCUAGACAUGCACCUCCUGGAGAAAAGAGACUCUACUGAGCAGAGUUGAUUUUAAGACUCAUGGGGCAAGUCGAGCCUCAGGUGAAGCCUCAAGUCAGAGGAUACAAACUCAAGUCAGGUUUCAAGGAAAUGGAGACAAAGUCAAGUCUCAUUCAAGAGUCAAAAGAAAUUUAAAACAAGUUCAAGUUAAAUCUCAAUUCACUGGAGACAAGUCCAAGUUAGGUCUCAAGUUAUAUCAGAACAGUUCUAGUUAAGUCUGAAGUCAUUCAAGACGAGACCUGGUCACGUCUCGGGUCGACCACAGCAACGCUCAAGUCUAAGUCCAGUUCAAAAGUCAUUAAAGACAAGUUCAAGUUAAAUCUGCAGGUUUUUCAGGUCUGAGUGUUGACCAUGAAAAUAACACAGCAUAUGAACCUUUUCCUUUUGUGUUGUAACCAUGUCUUUUUCAUAUUAACUAAUGAUACCAAGUCAUUUUUAUUAGAGGCCUAAUAAUUAAAUAUUCAGUGUGAGUGGUCAUUCAA